AUGCUACGCCGGCUUAUCCGACAAGCCAUCUUGGGCCCCCCUGAGCCCCUCAGCGCGACCUUUGCUGGCAUGCAAGCAGUUCUGAACGAACACGGCCUUCCGUUUAACAUUGGGAAGAAAGAUCUCCGCGAUUUUAUGCCAUGGACGCUGGCCGACCUUCGCGACAACAUACUCCUGGAGUACGGUGCCCAGCGCGCCCGUGUUGCUCUCGCCGCCCUCGCAAGACCAUUUGAAGACUAUGUUCGUGACUUUCUGCGCCUGAUCGACGAAGCGCUCACUGAGGAGGAUGCUGGUGUCGUGGCUUUGGAGAAUCCAUCCAAAGCUAAUAUUGGCUUUGAAGAAAAGAUCGCCGGAGAGAACGCUCUGAAGCACUGGGUAUUGUCCCGCGGCUGGCAGCAAGCCAGAUACCUCCAUGAACCCAAAAAUAAGAUCUCUCACGAGUCUGCCGUGUGGCGCCAUACUGAAGCCUGCGAGGAGUUAGCGUCCAUUGACAAAGGAUUUCGGGAGAGGUUUGGUGACAUUUUUUAUCGCCAGGAUGCCGUGUCCGCCCCUGUGACCCCCAAGAAACUGAGGACCACUUCUUCUGCAAACCUAAGAAAAAGAAAGGUCCCGCACCUGCAAGCAAUACCGGAGACAUAG